AUGUCAUUAAAAGAUAAAUAUCAUAGCAGUUUUGCUGCACAAUAUCGUGAAAAAUUAACUGCAAAAUGCGAAGGUAAAAAAUGGACGCCCUCGCCGACUUCUGCUCGAAUAUCAAGUCGUCCAUCAUCAGCCAAUAGUAAUCGUUCAAAUUCAUCAACUCAAUCAUCAAAAUUUUCCUCUGCCAUUAAUGCUACAACAAAUGAAAAUAAUAAAAAAUCAUCGCCAACCACAUCAUCGUCAUCACCAUAUUUUGAAACUUUAGGACGUACAAACGAAACUCGGUCCGAUUAUCUACCACCUAAUCAAGGCGGUAAAUAUACUGGAUUCGGUAACCCUGCAUUUGCAAAUGAACAAUCCAACUCAUCAUCUUCAACUGUGCCAGAUUUAAAUGAUUUGAUGAAUGAUCCUGUCGGUGUAUUCACCAAAGGUCUUAAUUUUUUGGGGCAAUCAAUGGUCGAGGGUGCUAAAUUGGCCGCACAAGGUGCCGAAACUUUGGGUCAAACAGUUAACGAACGUGUGAUAAAACCCACCACUGAAAAAGUUAGAGAUCCUGAAUUUACGCAACAAAUAUCUGGCUAUGUGUCAGGAAUUAGUAAAACAGUAUCAGAAACUGCUUCGCGUGGAAUGUCAACAAUCUCUAAUAUUUCUGCUACGAAUUCUUCAUCUGCCAGAUCAAAUUAUCCGACGCUAAGUUCUGACUUCAAUCAAUCAUAUCAAAAUAAUGGUGAUUAUAGUAAUAAUGAUGAUUUCUUCACCGAAACAAUUAGUCAUUAUCAGCAAAGAAAUUCUAAUAGUAGAAGUAAUUCUCCAAAAACUGUCAUUAAUGAUGCCAAGAAAGAUGGUAAAUGGGAUGAUGAAUGGAACAGUUGGUAG